AUGGAGCCUCGCGCCCGUGCUGGUAAGAAUGUGGGCAAGGAGACUUUCAAUGCGAAAGAGAUCCGCGCCCUCCUCUACGCCUUCGGCGACGUCCAGGACCCGCUGCCGGACACAGUACGCGUGCUAGACGAGAUCGUGACCGAGUUCCUAGAGGGAGUCUGCUUCGAAGCGAGUCGCCACGCGCAGGUAGCCGGGCGCCAGAAGCUCAAGUUCGACGACUUCGAGUUCGGCCUGCGCCGCAACCCGCAGUACCUCGGCCGCGUCAAGAGCAUGAUCGAGAAGCGCCAGAAAAUAAAAGAGAUGCGCCGUACUUUCGAUCAGGAGGACGAUGCGCUUGCUAAGGAGCAUGGUAAGGAGAGUGCUGCCGCUGCUGCUGCUAAUGCCGCGGCUGGUGGGGAGGAUGACCUGCUUGGCCUGGACGACGAGGAUGAAGAUCUCGAGCUUAUGAAUAUGGCGGCGUCGGCGUCUGCGAAGGGUGCGGGGAGCAAGAAGAGGAAGAGAACGCCGAAAUAG